GUGUAAGGGUAAAAAUUCUCCCCAUAAAUAAGAAGGUACGGCGUUUAUAAGGAUUAUACAUUUGCAGCGGACCUGAUAAAUUGCAUCACUACGCAUUGAUAACAGGUAGCAGCGAUGUGGGGUUCAAAUCUGUUCUUCCUCCUGGGACUCUGGUACCAGUCGCUUGCCCAUGGUUUUGAGCCCAUGUUUAAGGCGGUAACAGACAGGGUCCUUCCCCCUGACACCGUGCACAACCCUACACAGCUCAAUUAUGGCAUGGCUGUCACGGAUGUAGAUGGUGAUGGAGACCUGGAAGUAGUGGUGGCUGGUUACAACGGACCCAAUCUGGUGUUGAAGUAUGAUCGUAGUCUGAGCAAGUUGGUGAACAUCGCGGUGGAUGACCGCAACUCUCCAUUCUAUGCCCUGAGGGACACAGCAGGAAAUGCCAUUGGAGUCACUGCGUGUGAUGUGGAUGGAGAUGGGAGAGAGGAGAUCUACUUCCUCAACACAAACAAUGCUUACUCUGGGCAGGCCACCUACUCAGACAAACUCUUCAAGUUCCGCAAUGGCCACUUUGAAGAUCUUUUGAGUGACGAUAUCAAUGUGCGCCAUGGCGUGGCUAAUCGCAUGGCAGGACGUUCUGUGGCUUGUGUGGAUAGGAAGGGUACAGGGCGUUAUGGAGUCUAUGUGGCAAACUACGCCAGGGGCAGCAUUGGUCCCCAUGCCCUCAUAGAAAUGGAUGAGGCAGCCAGUGAUGUGGCUAAGGGCAUUAUUGCUUUGUCUGACGUAGCAGCCAAGGUUGGAGUCAAUAAGCUCACAGGUGGGCGGGGUGUGACAGUUGGACCAAUCCUGAGCCAAACCAUGUCUGACGUGUUCUGUGACAAUGAGAAUGGACCCAACUUCCUGUUCAAGAAUAACGGGGACGGGACUUUUGUUGACAUGGCCAAGCAGACAGGUGUGGAAGACCAGUACCAACAUGGCAGAGGAGUCGCUCUGGCUGACUUCAAUGGUGAUAGAAAGACAGACAUAGUCUACGGGAACUGGAAUGGCCCACACAGACUUUUCCUGCAGGGCGGCGAUAGCAAGUUCCGGAACAUUGCCACUGCAGAAUUUGCCGCCCCUUCCCCCAUUCGCACUGCGAUCACUGCUGACUUUGAUAAUGACAAGGAGCUGGAAGUGUUCUUCAACAACAUUGCCUACAUGGGAAACGCUCCCAACAGACUCUUCAGGGUGUCAAGGAGAGCUGACUCAGACCCCUUGAUCCAAAAGCUGAAUGUUGGAGAAGCUGAGGAGCCUCAGGGGCGUGGCACAGGUGGCACUGUGACAGACUUUGAUGGUGAUGGACAGCUGGACUUAGUGCUCACACAUGGCGAGAGUGCUUCCCAACCCAUUUCUGUCUUCAAGGUUACACAGGGUUCAACCAAUAACUGGCUGCGUGUAAUCCCUCGCACACAGUUUGGCUCUUUUGCCCGUGGUGCCAAGGUCACAGUCUUUACCAAUCAGAGUGGCGCUCACAUGCGCAUCAUUGAUGGAGGCUCCGGGUACCUGUGUGAAAUGGAACCAGUCGCCCACUUUGGAUUAGGAAAUGAUGAAGUAACUGUACUGGAGGUGUCCUGGCCAGAUGGCAGCUCAAUCGCCCGAACUCUUCAGUCUGGUGAAAUGAACUCGGUGGUGGAAGUAGCCUAUCCAAAAGACGGGGAAAUAUCUGCUCUGAGCAAUGAUACACAGUGCGGUCAAGGGUUUGCUGUCACAAAUGGUCGCUGUGAAGGUAUUUGAUGACUUAAAACGGCAUCAGAAUUUUUGAAAAGAAAAUGCAGGAACAUACAAGGAAAACAUCAUUAUAAACAUUUUUGCAUGUUUUUCCCCCCCUAAUUGUUCCUAAAGGCAGCACACUGUUGUUUUCUUUACUCUAUGAGUAGUUUCCAGGAGGGUUGUUCAUGGGUUUUUGUACAUUUUUUUCCCCUUAUUAACAUAGUUUUUUCUUGAACAUUUUUCUUUGCUGUAUUAUGUUUGGUUGUCUUUUUUUUUUAAG